GUCAGCUGAUAAAGGUCGGCAGUUGGUCGACAACAAGCCAGAACCGCCCGGUCACCGUCGAGUCAGAGAGCCCGAGACCCGCCGAACCGUCUCGAGAUGAGGGGCCUCCUCCUGGUCGUGUUCGCGGCGUUCGCCCUCAGCGGCGACGCGAUGGUUCGCAUCCCCUUAAAGAAAUUCCGUUCCAUUAGACGCGAGCUGAGCGACUCGGGGAAAACGGUGGAGGAGCUGAAGGCGGAGAAGCCGUCCCUCAAGUACAACUUCGGCUUCCCCUCCAGUAAUGAACCCACUCCAGAGGCCCUGAAGAACUACCUGGACGCGCAGUACUACGGGGAGAUCGGCCUGGGAACCCCCCCCCAGACCUUCGCCGUGGUGUUUGACACGGGCUCCUCCAACCUCUGGGUGCCCUCCAUCCACUGCUCCUUCACGGACAUCGCGUGCCUGCUUCACCACAAAUAUAAUUCUGCCAAGUCCAGCUCCUACGUGAAGAACGGCACCGCCUUCGCCAUCCAGUACGGGUCGGGCAGUCUGUCGGGAUACCUCAGUCAGGACACGUGCACGAUUGGAGACCUUUCAGUGAAGAAGCAGCUGUUCGGUGAAGCCAUCAAGCAGCCCGGCGUGGCCUUCAUCGCUGCCAAGUUCGAUGGCAUCCUGGGAAUGGCCUACCCACGCAUCUCCGUGGACGGCGUGCCUCCGGUCUUCGACAACAUCAUGAGCCAGAAGAUGGUGGAGAAGAACGUCUUCUCCUUCUACCUCAACAGGAACCCGGACACGUCGCCCGGCGGCGAGCUGCUGCUGGGAGGAACCGACCCUAAAUACUACACCGGUGACUUCAGCUACGUCAACGUCAGCCGCCAGGCCUACUGGCAGAUCCACAUGGACGGGAUGUCGGUGGGCGACCAGCUGAGCCUGUGUAAGAGCGGCUGCGAGGCCAUCGUGGACACGGGGACGUCUCUGAUCACCGGCCCCUCGGCGGAGGUCAAGGCCCUGCAGAGGGCCAUCGGUGCGACGCCCCUCAUCCAGGGAGAGUACAUGGUGAGCUGUGACAAAGUCCCAUCGCUGCCCGUCAUCUCCUUCAACGUGGGCGGCCGCUCCUACGCUCUGACCGGAGAGCAGUACGUCCUCAAGGUGAGUCAGGCCGGUAAGACCAUUUGUCUGAGCGGCUUCAUGGGUCUGGACAUCCCCGCCCCCGCCGGGCCCCUGUGGAUUCUGGGCGACGUCUUCAUCGGCCCGUACUACACCGUCUUUGACCGGGACAACAACAGGGUGGGCUUCGCCAACGCCAAGUGAGCGCGUCCUGCUGCACCACCUCCGAUGCGAAGGGCGGGGCGGAGUUGUUGAGCUGCACACGUUUUCUGUUGCUUUGCAAUCGAGCAGUAAUUGGCAAUAGAUUUUGCGUAGAGGCGAAAUGCACUGAGCACAAUGAUUUCACGCAGUGUGAAACGGUGGUGGUUUGAUGUGAUGUAGGACGAGUGAAACUGGUUCAUUGUGAUCGUGCCGCCCCCUUUUUAAACCUAAGUGUUCAUUUUUCUUUUUAAUCAGGGAUUUUAAUUUACGUUAUUAGGGCCAAGUGUUUGUCUUCUACUGAAUUUGAGAUGCAUCUUGUGUGAUUGGCUGGAAUAAACAGUUUUUAAAAGAAGCAA